AUGCCACCAAAACGUAAAUCCACAGAAGCCAACCUCGAAAACCGGUCCCGGCAAACAGCAGAGCUCGUAGUUCCAAAUCCAGCCGUCAACGACGCAAAGCGCGCAAAGAUAACGCAGAAUGCUCCGCUAGGUGAUAUCUCCAAUAGCCCCUGGCCGAUUAAAUGGACCGCCUUUGGAACCGGGAAAUACGUCGAGGAUCCCCUGAGACCCGUCGCCCCUAUUAAUUUCUCCGUGGCUGACAAGAAUAUUGUUGAAGAGGACGAAGAAGAAGAGGAAGUGGUACCGGAAACCGAGUCUCUGGAGGAGGUUGAGGAAGAGGAAGAGGAAGAAGCCCCUGAGGAGGCUGUAGUACCAGUUGAAGCACCAGCAAAGAAGGCUGCGAAGAAGACUACUACAAGGAAAACCGCCACAAAAAAGGCCACUCCCAAAGCCAAAGCCAAUGCCGUGGAAGCUACAGCUGCUGAGCCAGUGGCUGUUCCGGAACCCACUCCUGCCGAACCCGAACCGAUGCCCGAAGAGGUCACCGCUCCAGCGAAAAAGGGCAGAAAGCCAGCCGCAAAGAAAGCUACUCCAAAGGGAGCUUCGAAAGCUGCAAAGGCUAUCCCGGUCGAGCCGGAAGUUGCUUCAGAGGAACCAGUCGUCGAGACAGUUGCUCUCACAAAGUCAAAGAAGGCCACCGCAAAGAAGGCCACGCCGAAAUCUACAUCCAAGGCCGCAAAGGUCGCUCCAGUUGAAACAGAAUCAGUUCCGGAACCUGUCGCCGAACCUGAGGCAAGUAAACCCAAGGCAAAGAAACCGGCCGCGAAGAAAGCAACACCGAAAGCAAAAGCAGCAGCCCCGGCUCCAGCCCAAGUAGAAGAAGAGGAGCAAGAGGAGCAAGAGGAACCCGUAGAGCCCGCAAAACCAGCAAAGAAAGCCGCAAAAUCCAAAGCGAAGGCGAAGGUUACAGUCGUCGAGAUCGAAGAAACCGAAGAAGUCGAAGAAACCGAAGAAACCGAAGCCCCAGCCACAGCUCCUGCAAAGAAAUCCACAAAGGCCACAAAGGCCACAAAAGAGCCCAAAGAGCCCAAAGCACCCAAAGCACCCAAGGAACCUGCUCCAAAGCCGUCAAAGCCCGUUAGGGGCGCCCUCCCUGACUUCGUCACCUCCGUCACACUCGAGGGCGAAGAAGACGACUCCGUCCCAGUCUUCGACACCUGCGACGUCAUCCGUCGUAAGAUCACAGGAGCCCUCACGUCCGCAACCCACACCAAAGCUUCUCUGCUCCGAGCCUUCGCCGCUUGCACCUCAAAACCAGAUCAUGCAAUAGCACCAAACUCAUUCCAACGGUUCAUGUCUGCAACAGGAAAAACCGGUGGCUGUGGUAACCGCACCUUCUAUGCCGCCUACGUAUACUUCGAGAAACAACGAAUUGCGCAGAAGAAGAAGAAGACUAAGACUCGUGAAGAAAUGGAGGCGACUUGGGGUGAAAAUGGGAUGGAUUAUGAGGACCUUGCGAGGCCGAUGUAG